CGCCGGGGCCCCAGAAUCUGAUAAGGCCUUAUCAGCGCCGGGCAGCCCCGGCCGUUACCGCCCCCGGCCCCGAGCGCCCCAAAACCCCGGAGCGCCCCAAAAUCCCCCAAAGGCCCAGGCCCUGCAGUCCCACGGCGCCAGCACCCCCUGCCGGCUUUGGGGUCCCCCAUGGAGUUUGUGACGCUGGGGGGGCCGGAGGGGCCCCCCCCGUUCCCCGACGAGGCCGGAGCCUUCCUGGGGCUGGGGGCGCCCGAGGGGCUGGAGCCGGGGGGGCUGCUGGGCCCCUUCCCCCCGCCAGAGGCGCGCGAGUGCGUGAACUGCGGGGCCACGGCGACGCCGCUGUGGCGCCGGGACGGCACCGGGCACUACCUGUGCAACGCCUGCGGGCUCUACCACCGCCUCAACGGGCACAACCGGCCCCUCAUCCGCCCCAAGAAGCGCCUGGUCAGAGCCACACCCCGACCCCAAAAACACCCGGGACCCCAAAAACACCCCGGGGACCCUAAAAUAUCCCUGGGAACCCAAAAACACUCUGGGGACCCUAAAAUAUCCCUGGGAACCCAAAAACACCCGGGACCCCAAAAUUACACCUGGGACCCCGGGGGGGGCGCCGGCCCCGGGGGGGUCCCCGAACCCUCGGCGGGGCCCCCCCUGCCCCCCCCCGCGCCCCCACAGCCCCCUCCCGAGGAUCCGGCCGCGCUCUUCGCCCUCGGGCCCCUCGUCCUGUCCGGGCACCUGCUGCCCUUCCCCGCCCCCGCCGGACCCUUCCUGGGGGGCGACUUCGCGGCCCCCCCCGCCCCCAGUGCGGCCCCCCCCGGGCUCAGCCCGCAGCUCUAAGGGGCUCCCAGUACAGUUCGGAACCGAAA